AUGCCCAAGAAGACUCCGAUAUGGAUCAAGCGUGCGAUCAAGCGUGCCGAAACGGCAGAGCUGCAGCUGAAGUUGAUGCUUUGUGACAUGUGGCUAUAUACAAGGGACAAGUAUCUCUCAGAGAAAGAAUUGCAGGAGCUCGACACAAAACUGUUCGUGAUUGAUUUUGCGACGGGGGCUACCAGCGACCAGUUCCACAACUACUUCAUGCCCCAGGAAGCCAAGAUUCCGAAGCUCAAGAAUAUCUUCAAACAAGAUGAUCCCGGCACGGUCAGUUUCACAGUCGGCCGUUACUCCAUCAAGAUCGGCUGGAAAUCUCCCCGAAAGGGAUGUGAUAUACGAAAGAUAGCCGACCAAGCUCACGACCGGCUCUUCUCAAGGCAGUUAGCCGAUCGAUUCCAGGUCAUUCGUGCUGUGCAAAUGAACAGGCUUCAUCAAUCUCACAUCCAGGUAUGGAUGACAAGCUCCGGCCUUGCCAAGGACAAGACUCCUACGGUUGCCGAGCUGCUGGUGUUGGUAAGUUGGAUGGUGGAGGGCUUCUAUCAGCAGAAAACGGGACAAGCAGACAGGGUAGCACCCAAAGAGUCUCCCAAUCUUGUGUUUCCGACCCUAGUCAUUUCGUUUCAUCCGCGAGACCAUGCCCGAAUCUUAUACGGAUAUUACGCCGAGGGGCUCAAGCUUGGCAUCAGCGAGCUGGUGGAUUUUGAUACGUCAGAUUAUCUCGCUAAGAUGGAGCGUCUUCUGCGAUGGGCGUUCCCGACGACCAACAGUUUUACUACAAAGCCGGUGCCUCUUCCGACCAUCGCGGAGAACGAAGAGAACAUACUCCAGGUAGAGAGGAAGGCACAAUCCGGGGAUUCAAAAAGACAUUUCUGCAGAGGGUUUGCUCGCUUUGGUAAAUAUCAAUUUGGCGCUCGGAGUAAAGAUAUGGUCCGAAGUGUGUCCACUAUGCUCUCCGGUUUAGAAUGA